UCGGCCCGCGGGGCGGGGCCUGGCCGGGCAGAUGCUCGGGGUUCCGCGUCCCGCUCCCAUGGCCGGCCCCAGCUCCCCGCGCUCCCCCUGCUCCCCCGGGCCGCGCCCCGGGGCCCCUCACUGACCAGCCCAUGGCGCCACCCGCCGCCCGCCUCGCCCUGCUCUCCGCCGCGCUGGCGUUGGCCGCCCGCCCCGGACCCGGACCUGGAGAGGCUCCCGAGUGCUUCACGGCCAACGGAGUGGACUACCGAGGCCGGCAGAACUGGACGGCGCCGCACGGAGGGAAGGCCUGCCUCUUCUGGAACGAGACCUUCCAGCAUCCCUACAACACCCUCAAGUACCCCCACGGAGAGGGCGGCCUGGGCGACCACAACUACUGCAGGAACCCCGACGGCGACGUGAGUCCCUGGUGCUACGUGGCCGAGCAUGAGGACGGGGUCUACUGGAAGUUCUGCGAGAUCCCGGCCUGCCAGAUGCCUGGAAAUCUGGGCUGCUACCGAGACCUCGGGAACCCGCCGCCUCUGACCGGAACCAGCAAGACGUCCAACAAGCUCACCAUCCAGAACUGCAUCAGUUUCUGCCGGAGCCAGAAGUUCAAGUUUGCUGGGAUGGAAUCCGGUUACGCCUGUUUCUGCGGCAACAACCCCGAUUACUGGAAGUACGGGGAGACGGCGAGCACCGAGUGCAACAGCAUCUGCUUCGGGGAUCACACCCAGCCCUGCGGCGGCGACGGGCGCAUCAUCCUCUUCGACACCCUCAUCGGAGCCUGCGGGGGCAACUACACGGCCGCCUCCUCCGUCAUCUACUCGCCCGACUUCCCCGACAACUACGCCACGGGGCGCGCCUGCUACUGGACCAUCCGCGUCGCCGGCGCCGCGCGCAUCCUCUUCAACUUCACCCUCUUCGACAUCCGCGACGCGGCCGACAUGGUGGAGCUGCUGGACGGCUACAGCCACCGCGUCCUGGCGCGCUUCGGCGGCCGCCACCGGCCUCCCCCGGCCUUCAACGUGUCCCUGGACUUCGUCAUCCUGUACUUCUUCUCGGACCGCGUCAACCAGGCCCAGGGCUUCGCCGUCCUCUACCAGGCGCUCCAGGAGGAGGUGCCUGCGGGGGGCCCACCCCGCAACCAGAGCCUGGCCGAGGGCAUCACGGAGCAGAGCAACCUGAGCGCCAGCGCGGCGCGCGCCUCCAAGGUGCUCUACGUCAUCACGACCAGCCCCAGCCACCCUCCCCGCGCCGUCCCAGGGUGGACGAUGUACGGCCUCGCCAGCCUCCUCAUCCUCACCGUGACGGCCGUCCCUGGCCAAGGCCCUCCUGCACGUCACCUACAAAGUCUUCUCUGGGAAGUCCGGGCCUCCCCCUCAGGCGGAGCGGCGGCUGCUGGGCCCAGGACGACCCACGUGUGUGUCGCAGGGGCCCAGCGCAUGGCCGCCGCCGGGGAGCUCAGGGACUGCCGCCAGCCCGCGCGCCGGGGAGAGAUCUGGAGCAUCUUCUACGAGCCCGCCACGUCCGUCUCCAUCUUCAAGAAGAAGCUCCGCGGCCAGAGCCAGCCCGAUGACCGCAACCCCCUGGUGGGCGACUGAGGCCCGGCCCACCGCCGGAGCCUGCCGGGCGCCACCAUCCCCAUCCUCUGCCCGGCCCCGGGGAGGGGGGAGGGGGUGAC